AGCAAACUUUAAUUUUUGGGUGAACUAUUAUUUUAAAUAUCUCAUCAAAUAUGCUCUACUGUCUUUCAUUGCUCUUACAUUUCUCCCUGUUUUGGUGCUGUGGAAAAAUUCCGGAUCUCUCUGGACAAAUGUUGCAGUAGUGAUACGCAGUUUAAUGUGUGUCAUGGGGGAAAGGCUGCUCCCCUCUUGUGCAGCUUGAUUGGUACAGUCCAAGCCUCAGACAAUGGUGUUUUAAAACCUCGAUGUUGCUAGAAUGUGCCUUUUAGACUGAGGGAGGGGGUUUGUGCUCACAGAGCAGUGGUUUAUUACAGCAGUACAGCAUCAUCACCAUCUGUGUGCAGCAUCCCAGACAGGUGCGACAAGUACAGACUAAAGCUCUAAGAUAGACACAACGACUUAAGUAAGCUAAAUUAGAUUCAAAACUUGAGACCAUGACCCAGGGAAAGGUUUCAGUAACAAGCAAGUCAAACAAUGACUCGGAUGUCCAGCCGAUGGCUUCAGUUCCUCCAAGUUAUGAGGAAGCAACUGCUGGUGGAAGCCCUUGUUAUAGUGGAGCCUAUCCUGGAGAUGGUGAGAUGCUCACAGAAUUCAGCUGGGAUGACCAAAACAUCAGGAGGAUAUUCAUCCGCAAGGUGUACACCAUCCUUAUGAUCCAGCUAUCUGUCACAAUUGCCUUUGUGGCUCUUUUCGUUUUCUGUGAACCCGUGAAAUAUUACAUACAGACCAACCCUGGCUGGUACUGGGCAUCAUAUGUGGUGUUUUUUGUCACAUAUCUGACUCUAUCCUGCUGCCGUGGACCCCGGAGGCAAUUCCCAUGGAAUCUGAUUCUGCUCAUUAUCUUUACUCUGUCUCUUUCUUACAUGACAGGAAUGUUGUCCAGCUACUACAAUACUAAAUCUGUCAUCAUAUGCCUGGGUAUUACUGCCUUGGUGUGUCUUGCUAUUACUAUCUUUAGCUUCCAAACCAAGAUUGAUAUUACUUCAUGCCAAGGUGUGCUGCUAGUCUUCUGCACAGUAUUGUUUAUUUGUGGACUUGUCCUGGCAUUCACCCUUCCCUUUGGAUAUGUUCCAUGGUUGCACGCUGUGUACGCUGUAUUGGGAGCAAUACUGUUUUGCAUGUUCCUGGCAUUUGACACACAGAUGCUGAUGGGGAAAAAGCAAUACACCAUAAGUCCUGAGGAAUACAUCUUUGCCACUCUCAGCAUAUACCUGGACAUUGUUUACAUCUUCUCUUUCAUUCUCCAGUUGUUUGGAACUCCUGAACGGGAGUGAAUAUGCUGUUAACCUAAAGCUCUAACGGCUCUCCUGAGUGUCUUUUGUUUCUCUGAUUUGAGUGAUCCUGUCUUUCCAGCAUGAUUUGGAUCUUCAGGGCACGUUGUUGUGUUUAAGCCCCUCACCUCAGCUUUACGAUGUGCCAUGCAUUUAUCCUGUAGCAUGAAGGAGGUCUUGCAUAUACAUUGCAUAUGUACACUGGUAAAACCUGAACAACAUUCAGCCAGUUUUACAAAUGGUGUCAUAGAAAACAAAACAGAAAAUAUUAAAUGCACUGAUGCCGUGAAACCUAUAUGAUGUCAUUAGCAGUGAAAGUGCAUGAAAUAGAGCAGAAACAGCAUCACACUGGGGUGAAACUGUUUCGUAGGAUUUAUCCAUCAGUGUCCACCGCAUUCAUCUUUGUGUCUGACCCUGCAAAAGUUUCAUAUGUGAUAU